AUGUCAUCUUCUCUGCCCAAUUGCGGUCGUUUUUGCCUCCGACCAACUCUGGUUGUCAUCGCCACCUGCACCUCAAAACAACUCUGGUCACCACCACCUUUAACCAAUUCUUGUCAGCACCCUCCAUCCAACUCCAAUCAUCUCACUUUGGCCAACUCUGACCACCGUCGUCUUGGGCCAAAUACUGGAUCUCCUUUGGUUAACUCCGACAAUCGGUGCAUGUGUCCAACUUUGGUCACUGUUGGACAACUCCUACUGUCAUUGUCGUGGCCCUUCGACCAACUCCGGCAGACGCCGCCUCUGAUAUGUUUGGUCGCUAUCGCCCUUGCUUCUUGCAAUGAGGCUUUAAGCGCGCCGCCAUCUUUCCCUGAAACCCUAGCUUGUGCUUGUGCCUCCUCAGGUCGAUCGGAUUCCGCCUGUGCUCCUCUGUUCGGCAAGUUAAUCAGCUACCAAGCUUCAAAGGAUGACAUUGCUGUGCAUGCUGAACUUUAUGGCCCUCCUUCAUCUGAUUAUGUUAAUGUGUCAAGAUGGUAUAAUCACAUUGAGGCCCUUUUGAGGUUGAGCGGUGUAUCAGGGGAGGGACAAGGUGUGAAAGUUGAAGGGUCUGCUACUGUGUCUGCAGAAGCUCCAGCCUCUCCUCCCAUUGCCGACACCAAGGCCUCAUCAGCUGUUGAUGAUGAUGACGAUGAUGUUGAUCUAUUUGGCGAGGAGACUGAGGAAGAGAAGAAGGCUGCUGAGGAGCGCGCAGCUGCGGUGAAAGCAUCUGGAAAGAAGAAAGAGAGUGGAAAAUCAUCAGUUUUAUUGGAUGUGAAGCCAUGGGAUGAUGAGACUGACAUGCAAAAGCUUGAAGAAGCAGUCAGGAAUGUUCAAAUGGAAGGCUUGCUUUGGGGAGCCUCAAAGCUUGUUCCAGUUGGAUAUGGAAUAAAGAAAUUGCAGAUUAUGAUGACCAUUGUGGAUGAUUUGGUGUCUGUUGACAACCUGAUUGAGGAUUACCUCACCUCUGAACCUGCAAAUGAGUUCAUCCAGAGUUGUGAUAUUGUGGCAUUUAACAAAAUCUAGAUAAUGCAGUGCAGAUUACUGCUCGUAUCGCUUCUUGUUUUUGGUCUUUUAUGAGCAUUUUCAUCCUUCACAUUGAGAAUGUUAUAUUAAUUAUGAACUACGAUUAUGUCUAUUUUAUUUGUUUUUUUUUUUCUUUUGGGUGCAUUUAUGAACCAAUUUGUAUUGGUAAAUUGAGGAUGGUCGAUUGAACUUUGUGAGAAUUUUGUACUA